AUGGUCUCGUCCCGCUCCUUCUCCUCAACCCUCUUCUCAAGCCCAAUCCGCCAGCUGCAGCCAACACCACAGACCAGCACCAGCAGCCGCAUCAUGUCUUCUCGACUCCCGUCCACAGCAAUCCCAUCCGUAUCGUCAUCGUUGUCACUAUCACCAGUGACGUCCCUCCUCCAAUCCCAAUCCCGCGCCUUCUCCUCAACGCCCAACCUCGGCGUGCGCCGCUCUACCUACAACCCUUCGCGCCGGGUGCAGAAGCGACGGCAUGGGUUCCUGUCGCGGUCAAAGACCAAGAAUGGGCGGAAGAUUAUCCAGCGCCGGAGGUUGAAGGGGAGGAAGAACAUGAGUUGGUAG